AGUAUUUAAUUUCUAAUUUAUUUUUUUAAUUUAAGAAACCGUGUGCGGAUGAUGAGCUGGGACAGGCGCAUGGAGAGCCUGGACCUGGCACCACGGGGCAGAAGCGGGAGGUGGCACCAUGCUCUGUCCUCUUUGCUUUGCCCCAGCGGCACAAAGCAGCCAAAGCCCAGUGCUCCCCAGCCUCACACCCUCCUCUUCCUCCUCCCCAGACACCAGCGUCUUCCUCGCCCCCACGGCUCAGCCUCCCCAGCUGCUCAGAAGCACCGCGGGAGCGCAGCGGUGCAGGGCGAUGCCAAGGGGCUCCGUGGGGGGUGUUAAUGGGAACAGCCCCCCCCGGGCACGGCCACCCCAUGGACAGGCACCACAGGGCAGAGGGGCAGGAUGCGGCCAGGGCUGCUCCCCAGCCGGCAGCGCAGACAAGCCUGGCACAGCCCAGCGGGUGCCCAGAGAGUCUCCAACACCCCAGCAGCCCCUGGCGCGCUUCCCAGACCCGCCCAGCCGGGUUUCGGGGUGCUGGAGGCGGGCUGGGGCACCAGGGCAGCAGGGCAAAUGCAUUCCCCAGGGUUGGAGAGGGCAGGAUGCCGUGCCAAGAACAGCAUGCAUCCAUCUGCUCACCUCCCCUUCCCAGCUGCAAGAAGCAGGGAAAGGACCCAUGGAGACUGCACCUGGAGGUGCAACCAGUGGCCAGCUCGCAGCAUCCUCAAGGGAUGCAAGAAAUGGAUAGUGAGGGCCCGUGCAUGUGUUGGCAUGAGUGGCUGUGCUCAUGCAUCGCUGCUGGGCACCCAAGGACGGGGCUUGCAGGUGCCGUUCGUGGGUUGCAAGGUGCUGCAGGGUUUGCUCGAGCACCCGGCUGCCUUAUGUAAGAGAGCGGGAGCGCGGCGGGGAUCAGCCCUGGUUUGUAGGUCAGAAAAUGGAGGCGCGGGGCAGCUGAAGGCUUGGGCUGGGUCAGCCGGUGAGUCAGUGCCAAAGGAGGGACCGGCGCGGCGGAGGCUUUAUUAGCAGGUGAGGGGUGGAGCGAGGCUUCGGAGGCAGGCGAAGGCAACGCCGAGGCGCAGCAUCAGCCGAGCGGGGUCUCACCAUCCCACCCGGUGUCCCCAGCUCCCCCAGUCCCCGACCUGCCGGCUAUGGGGUCUCACUGCCCUCGCUGACGGCACCCGAGCCCCCCGUGCCCUGCCGUAGCCCCGCACCUCGACACCCGGCCGCGGCGGUGCCAGGACGCCGGUGAUGGAGCAAGCUAUUGCCUAAAAUGGAUCAUGUGAGUUUCCCUGAGAAGCCCGUGAAGCGCUGCUGCCAGCUCCAGACAUGGUGUAAAUCACAGAGCCAUCCCAACGGGUAUAAAUUCUUUGGCUGACCAAAGUGCGGCACCAGGGGAACUUCUCAGCCUGGCGAGAGCAGAGAUUUGGAUUCCAGGCAGCACAGCAGCAGCAUCAACCCUCAGCCACAGCAUUAGCUGAACCAUGACUGAAGAGCCCGUGCGGAAGGACAGCGAGAUCCGACGCUCCAACUCCAGCAUGGGCUGCGGACACAAGGAUGACAAAGCCAGCCUGGCUUCGAGCCAGAUAGCACCUUAUAGCCACCAGCCCUCCACUCCAGCCUCCAAGGAAGUGUGGAAAAAGGGCGGCCGCAUGUUCUCCAUCCUGCUGGCCGUGCACUUAGCCCUGCUGGCCUGCACGCUGGUGAGCAGCGGGGCUUUUGAGAAAAUUGCCGUGCACGAUUACGACGUCUUCUUCCUGCUGACCGUCAUGAUGCUGAUAGUCAUCAUCUGGAUCAUCUUCUACCUCGUCAGCACCGCCCGGUGCCCAGAUGCCAUCCUCUGCAAAGACUCCCACGCUGGACCCAUCUGGCUGAGAGGAGGCCUGAUCCUGUUUGCCAUUUUCAGCCUUGUCAUGGAUGUGUUCAAAAUAGGAUAUUACUCCAGCUUCUACAGCUGCCUGUCUGCGAUCAAAAUCAUCUACCCCAUUGUGCAAGCAAUAUUCGUGGUUGUCCAGACAUACUUCCUGUGGAUCUCUGCCAAAGACUGCGUCCAUGUCCACCUGAAUGUUACCAGGUGCGGCUUGAUGCUAACUCUGACUACAAACUUAGCGGUGUGGAUGUCUGCAGUGACAGACGAGUCUGUUCACAAAGCACACUCAAAGUUGAAGAAAAAUGUGACAGAUGACCUCCUCAGAUGGCUCCUGAAAGUGGGAAUGAGAAGUAGCUCAGCUGAAGUUUGCAAUUGCAACAGCCAAAUCUGCCAGAUUUUCAAGAAUGGCUACUUCUGGCUGUACCCCUUUAACAUUGAGUACAGCCUGUUUGCCUCCGCCAUGGUUUACGUCAUGUGGAAGAACGUUGGCCGCUUUAUAGACCACCACUCCCACCACAUCCACCGCCUGAAGUUCAGGCUCUUCCGAAGGACCUUCUUUGUAGGCAUCGUGUUGGGCCUCAUCAUUCUGGUGAGCGGCCUGGGAGUCCUUAUCGUUUAUGAGGUGCAGGUAAACUCCAGCACCGAAUCCAGCAAGAAAGGCCAAGCACUCACCAUGUACUACAUCUUCAACAUCGUGUGUCUGGGCCUGAUGUCUCUCGUCUGCAUCGGAGGCUCCGUCAUCUACCGCUUUGACAAGAGAGACAUGGACCGGCACAAGAACCCGACCAGGACCCUGGACGUGGCCCUGCUGAUGGGCGCAGCCCUGGGGCAGUACGCUAUUUCUUACUACUCCAUCGUGGCCAUUGUGGCCAGCACACCAAGGGACGCCAUCAGUGCACUCAACCUGACCUACGCCCUCCUGAUGAUCGCCCAGCACACCUUCCAGAACAUCUUCAUCAUCGAAGGCCUUCAUCGGCAGCCCCCCAAGGAGGACCACAAGCACGGUUCCCGCCAGAAGGACCUCUGCGGUCUCACCUUUGUCAACGUCAGUGCCGUGUCCCUCCGUGUGCCCGACGGCGGCAGCACCUUGGCACCUAGCACUGCCCCUGGCACUGAGGCCAGCCUUCCUUCCGACCUCGUGCGGUCCCUCACGGCCCCCAAGAAGAUGAACUGGAGGAGGAAGUGCUUAAGGGAGAUCUCCACGUUCCUCCUCCUGAGCAACAUCAUACUCUGGAUCAUGCCAGCGUUUGGUGCCCGGCCCCACUUCGACAACGAUACAGAACUGAACUUCUAUGGCGAUUCCAUGUGGCCGGCUAUUGUGGACAUUUGCCUGCCCUUUGGGAUCUUCUACCGAAUGCAUGCAGUGGCCAGUUUGCUGGAGGUCUACAUCAUGUCCUAAAGAAUCUCUUUCAAGGAAGAUGAGAUCCUCCUCAAGCAAUCCACCUUCCUCCCACCCCAGGGUUGGGAGACUGCCCAGGGGUCCCGAGGGAUUCCCAGCACUGCCUGAAUCAUGUACCCUCGCAGUGUUGGCGUGUUUCUGAACUGUCAGUGAAGAUCAUCCAAACAUAGACCAGAUUUUAUUUUUGCUACUUGUGUGUGGAUGGAUGUGCAUAUGUGUGUCUGAAGUUCUUAGAGCUUAAAAGAAAAAAGGGAUCCAGCAUAGGAUCACAGUAAUUACCCUUGAUUCAUGCAAAGACACAUGCUUUCCUUCUUAAGAGCCUGUUCACUCCAUGCCACUGACUUACUCUCCCAUGGGGUGGGUGCUCAGCCCCGUUGGACAGUCAGUGUCUGCCUGCAAACGGGCCCAAUCCUGCCUGCACGCAGAGACCAGUGGGCAUGAGGGGCUAACCCAGCUGUGGAAGGCAAAGAAAGGGAAACCACUCACCUUCUGGUACGGCCAGUGAGAAACCACUCCCCUGCAGAGAUGUGAAAAACAAGCGAUCAAAAAAGGCUUUGGGAAAUGCUGGAUCCUUCCUCUUUGUAUUGCCCAUUUCAACUGGCCCUCUCACCCCUUCUCUGUAUCAGCCCCUGCUGUUUCCCUUCCUCCUGGAGGAAGCUUUCUGUGCCAGGAGGGAGUGCUGUGCGCGGUCCUGAGCUGGCCCUGACAAGGUUGAAGCACGCUUUUCUCCCAUUUUUUCCCAAAUCAGGGCUCAAGAACCAUAAAGAUCCUAUGGGCAAUACAGAAUGAUGAAGAGAUUUGUUUUUCUUUCUUUUUUUUUUUUUUUUAAUAGAUGAUGAUUUUUUUUUAAUAUGCAAACAUUUUUGUACACGAGAUUAUUUAUUGAUUUUCACUGUAACUCUGACCUCCUAGAGGGACCUUCUGCGCCCUGCAACACAGCAAUCAGUCCAAUGCUACAACUCGCCCUUGAUCUCCCAUGCCCUCAAGGUACGAUUGCACUACACCUGCCAGCCCGUGCGGGCACUGAGGCCGUGAGCACAGCCCCGGCAUGAAUUUCUGGGUGCCUACAGCCCUCCAUGAACCAUGGUAUGGUUGAGGAGGCUUUCAGCCCAGGCAGGACUCCUGGGCUGCAGCAGGUAGAAACGGGCCGUCCACCGUGUCCAGAGGCCAAGCGGAGACGUGGGAAGCCCGUGCCGCCUGGUGUCACUCGGCAGGGAAGAUGAGUGCCAAAAUGGCACAGCCGAGCUUUGCCUGUGCCCUGAGACAUCCAAGGUUAUUGUUCAAAGAAAGAAUAGUGCACAGGCGGCAGAAAUCUUUCAGAUUUUUCCUACAGACAUGUGUGCAUCUGCCAAAGGAAAAAAAAAUAAAAAUAAAAGGAAAUCAUGGUAUU